AUGGGAUGUGGUGCAAGUGGAUUAAAAGAUUGUAAAGCAGAAGUAGCUGAUCCAACCAAUGAUAAUAAUGAUGCAAAUAUUACAGAAACAGCAGUUGAAAACCCCAUAGAUCCUGAAUUCUCAACUGAAAAAAGCAAUCCACUGUCAGACCAAAUUCAAUCGGAUGAAUCAGAACAUCAAACAACACAGAAUCAUGAAACUACAGAAGUUUCAAUGAUUGCUGAACAAAACUCCGAUGUACAUACAACAAAUGAUGUGCAACAAUCUGAAGCAUGCAAUACUACGAGUGAAGUUGCUUCUUCCGAAAAUUGA